AUGACGAGAGCCUGGCGUCCGGACGGCAAGGAGGAAGACCCCCUACUGCUCUCUGCACGUCUACCCUCGGACAUCCCGGGGCCAUACAUUGAGAAAUACAAGACGAUUUUCUACCUCAUCACACCCUCAGGAUUAGAUGACAAUCCCGAGAUCUAUGCCAAACAAUCUGGAUAG